AUGGCGGCCGGGCUGGAAACCCUGCGGGGCUGGGGAAGAAACGACCCUCGACAGGGAGCGGGAAGGUUUUGUGGUUUGCAAGAGGCGUUCGCUCGGUUCGCUUUCGCCGGCGGCUCCGCCGUGGGGCCGGGCUGCGCCGUGCUGGAGGCGGCCUUCCAGCGGUACCGGGCGCUGCUCUUCGCCGCCGCCCGCCCGACCGAGAAUGAGCCACCCUGGGGGACACCCUGCACUCAGCUUCUCAUCUUUGUUGCUACACCGGGCUGUGAUGGGUUUCCCAGCCUGGACUCCAAGGAAAACUAUAAGCUGUCUGUCUCGGAAGGCUCCUUGCUGCUCUCUGCGGAUGCCAUCUGGGGAGCUCUCAGAGGCCUGGAGACGUUCAGCCAGCUCAUUGGGAGAGACGAGAACGGCACGUACUACAUCAACAAGACAGAAAUCGUGGACUUUCCCCGCUUCCCUCACCGGGGGCUCUUGCUGGACACCUCUCGUCACUACCUGCCUCUGAGAGCCAUCCUGGAAACCCUGGACGUCAUGGCUUACAACAAGUUCAAUGUGUUUCACUGGCACAUCGUGGACGACCCGUCUUUUCCCUAUGAGAGCUUCACCUUCCCAGAGCUCAGCAAGCAGGGAGCCUUCAACCCCAUGACCCACGUGUACACAGCCAGCGACGUGCAGACGGUGAUCGAGUACGCCCGGCUGCGUGGCAUCAGGGUCAUCGCAGAGUUUGACACUCCUGGGCACACGCUCUCCUGGGGGCCAGGUGCUCCGGGCCUGCUGACUCCCUGCUAUGUGGGCAAGGAACCUUCUGGGACCUACGGGCCCAUCAACCCCAUCCUUAACAGCACCUACAAGUUUGUGGCCAGUUUGUUUCAGGAGGUCAGCACUGUGUUCCCAGACUUUUUUCUUCACCUCGGUGGCGAUGAGGUGGACUUCACGUGCUGGAAAUCCAAUCCAAAAAUCCGUGCCUUCAUGACGGAGAUGGGCUUUGGUGAAGAUUACAAAAAACUAGAGUCCUUCUACAUCCAGAGGCUUCUGGACAUUGUCUCUUCCCUUGGCAAAGGUUAUAUCGUGUGGCAGGAGGUGUUUGACAACAGUGUGAAGGUGAGGCCAGACACCAUCAUCCAUGUAUGGAAGGAGAACUCCACGCCCUACAUGGAGGAGAUGGCAAAUGUCACCAAGGCUGGCUACCGGGCUCUGCUCUCUGCUCCCUGGUAUCUCAACCGCAUCUCCUACGGGCAGGACUGGAUGGUGGCCUACCAAGUGGAGCCCUUGGGGUUUGAAGGCAGCCCCGAGCAGAAGGAGCGGGUGAUCGGCGGAGAGGCCUGCAUGUGGGGGGAAUACGUGGACGUCACUAAUCUGACCCCCAGGCUCUGGCCGAGAGCUGGGGCUGUGGCCGAGAGACUGUGGAGCAACGCGACCGUCAGGGACCUGCAAGAUGCCUACGUGCGGCUGGCCGAGUUCCGCUGCCAGCUCCUCAGGCGCGGUGUCCGGGCGCAGCCUCUCUACGUGGGAUACUGUGAAAGUGAAUUUGACGGGUUUUGAAGGGAGAUUCCCCACACGGGAGGAACGAUCCCACCCUCUCGAAAGCUGCUGGUUUGGCCAAGGGGCCCCUUUCCCACCCCCGGCUUCUGCUCUCCCUUUGUUGCAAUGAACUUUUUUUUUUGUCCCCUUAGUGUGCGGUCUUUGCCUCUUUUUCUAUUUUUAAUUCUUUAAAUCUAUAAAUAAAUGACCCCAAAGAGGAAAAA